AUGGGUACCUGUCUAGUCGAUGGUGUUAAUCACCUAUUCCGGCGUGAAAUGGACCAGAAGCUUUCGUUGUUCCUUAACAUGGUUCAGUCUCCCUUCCGGCAGGAAUUCAGUACAGACGCUUUCUUUGCGUCAUUGGGAUCGUCCUUGGGGAUUUCAGCAGCAAUACUAUUAGCAUGGUGUUUAGUCAGACCCUAUAACUCUGUCGUUUACGCUCCAAAACUACGGAAUGCCGAUGAGAAGCACGCGCCGCCGCGGAUAGAGAAAGGAUACCUUGCGUGGCUUACGCCACUAUUGAAAUGCCAUGAGGCGGAUCUCCUACCGAAGCUCGGGCUUGAUGCCAUCGUCUUUCUAAGGUUCUUACGAAUGUGCCGAAACAUAUUUUUUGUCUUGGCCAUUCUUGGUUGUGCGGUCAUGAUUCCAGUCAACGUCAGCUGUAACCUAAAGAAUUCGUGGACAGAUGUAAAUGGGACUUCGAGCUCGAGAAAGUGGUUUGUUCUUAUGAGCCCUAACUACACUUGGGGUAAUUGCAUGUGGGCCCAUGUCAUCGUCGCUUGGGUCUUCAAUUUUAUCAUUAUGUACUUUCUAUACACAAAUUAUGCCGCCAUCACAACUAUGCGCAAGAAUUUCUUCGAGACUCCCGAGUACCAGGCGUCACUUCAUUCGAGAACAUUGAUGAUCACGGAUAUCCCAAGCUCAUAUCGUUCCGAUGAUGGAUCUUCCGGGCUUAUCGACGAACAUGGGAAAGCUGUCAGAAAGCUUGAAGGGUUUCUUGCAAAAUACUUGAAGAAUCCCGAUAACCUCCCUGCAAGAAGACCUGUUUGUAAACCGCAUAAAAACGAUAAAUCGGUCCCACAGGAUUCGGAUGUGGAUGCUAUCGAAUAUCUUGGUCAGAGGAUCAAAGAUUUGGAGAAGCACAUUUAUGCCAUUCGAGAUACAAUCGACAAACGGGAUGCUCUGCAAUAUGGGUUUGUGUCAUUUCCAACCAUCUCAAGAGCUCAUAUAGCUGCCAAGGCCAGUCGAGGGAAGCACCCUAAGGGUACUACUAUCAAAUUAGCCCCGAGGCCUAAUGAUAUCAUUUGGGAUAACUUGACUCGCUCAAAGAGUGCAAGGCGUGGGAACAAGAUGAUUGGAAAUUUCCUUUUCGUGAUGCUUUCAAUCCUCUUCGUAAUACCCAAUGCUCUUAUUGCGGUGUUUCUGUCAAAUCUUCACAACAUUGCAGCUAUUUGGUUUGAGUUUUCGGUAUAUUUGAACCAACAUUAUAAAGCAUUUGCUAUAGUUCAGGGUUUCCUUGCACCGACUAUUACAUCAAUUAUCUAUCUACUUCUUCCCAUUGUUAUGAGACGUAUCUCAGCAUGGCAGGGAGAUGUCACGAAGGCUUCUCGUGAGCGCCAUGUCACCAGCAAGCUGUACUUCUUCUUUGUGGUCAACAAUUUGAUCCUCUUCACCUUGUUCGGAACUCUCUGGACCACCAUUCAAACUUUGGUUACAAUUUCGGAUACUGCGGGGCUUACCUGGGACGCCGUCAAGAGUAUUGGGAUAGCAACGAAAAUUGCUAUCGCCAUGUUCGAUGUCUCGACAUUCUGGAUUACCUACCUUCUACAAAGAAAUCUUGGCGCUAUUUUGGAUAUCGCACAGCUAGUCUCAUUAGUCUCGAAAAGUCUUUACAGGCGAUUUGCAUCCCCAACCCCACGGCAGAUGAUUGAGUGGACUGCUCCGCCUACAUUCGAGUAUGCAACAUAUUACAACUACUUCCUUUUCUAUGCCACGAUUGGCUUGGUAUUCUCAACAAUCCAGCCUAUCGUCCUCCCGAUUGCAUUCAUAUACUUUUUGGUUGAUAGCUUUCUCAAGAAAUACUGUCUCAUGUAUAUAUUCGUUACCAAGAUUGAGAGUGACGGGUCGUUUUGGAGAUUACUCUUCAACAGGUUCUUGUUUGCAACUGGCUUUUUCAAUAUCGUGGUUGCUCUGGUGGUCUGGGUACGAUAUACCUCCCAAGCAGCGUUUUGCGUACUUCCUUUGAUUGCAUUUUUGAUUGGAUUCAAGUUUUAUUGCCGCAGAGUCUUUGAUGUUCAAAUUCGUUAUCAUACGAAGGGUACAGACCGGGAGAGUAUGAUCAGUGCAGGCAAAUUCACACGCAAAGACAAACUAGACAAGCGAUAUGGCCAUCCCGCACUUUGGCGCCCCUUGAUUACACCAAUGGUAGACGCCAAGGCGAAGCACGUUUUGAGCCAGGUUUACUACGGCAGAAUCAACUCGGAGCAGCAUAAAUCAACCUAUGGAGACGUCGGGUUGAGUCUCAUGCAGCCAGGACAGGCAGGGAGAAGGCAACAAGACCCACUUGCUCACCAAUUUGAGAUGGUCGAUGAGGCAGACAUGGACUUUCAGAAUUUUAAGCAUCGCGCAGAAUUCGCAUCUGAGCACGGUGGAAGCAAUGCAUAUGGGCCUAAUUUUGAUGCAUACAGCGACGCUGGAACAUUUACCCCACCACCUGGAUUCCAGUCACCGGCAAGUUCCAGACCUGGUACCCCCACCGGAAGACCAAAUCCUAGUCCCUUGUCAUUAUCCAUGAUAGGGUCGGACUACCAACAGGUUCCCAAUCCUGCGCCUCCGAGUUUUCGUGCGCAGAAACGCUCCGAGAGCCCAUAUCUUGGCGACAGAGUCAGCAUGAUGAGUCCAGAUGGAGGAGAAUCCGCGGUGGAUUGGAGCAUACAUGAUGGUCGCAGCGAAACGGGCUCAGUUACACAUCUCUUGAAGGACCAAGGGCAGCAUCACUACGUACCUGGGUCAUCUUCGAGACGAGGCCCUCAAUACCCACAACAGCCUUAUGAUCAUGAAGAAUACAGGGGGGCUCCGAGGCGGUAA